CUGCUUCAAGGGGCAGAGCUAGGAAUAGGGAGUACCUCCGUGCUUCAUUGCCAAGUAAAGCGUGAACACAGAAUGAAACUGUAAGGAGAAGGCUCUCCGCUGGCUGCUAUAGAUGCACUUUGGGGGAAACACAUGCUUAUUUUGUUCUAUUGACACUGAAAAAACUCCUUCAAGACUAUGUUUCACUUGCUCACAGCUCUUUCUCUUGUGGUUUUAAGAAUCAGUCUUGUUAGUCUCUUGGAGCCAGGGCACUGGAGCUGUCCAAAGGGAUACCGAAUGAAGGAUGAAAACAAUUCUUCAUGCAUAGAUAUUAACGAAUGCCUGGAAAGGGGACUUGGUGUCUGUGGGCAAAACUGUGUCAAUACUCCAGGCUCCUAUAUCUGCUCCUGUAUGCCAGGCUAUGUGUUGGGUAAUGACAAGUGGUCCUGUCAUGUAAGCGAUCCUACACCAUUCCUAGUUUUUAGCCAAGGUAAUGCAAUCUUUAGAACAAAUAUAGAUGGAACCAAUCACAAGAGACUGGUACCUGAUGCUGGCUUAUCAGCACUAAUAGAUUUCCAUUAUGAAGAAGAAUGUGUUUAUUGGAUGGACACUGAAAAAGGUCUUCUCCGACGAAUACAUCUGAAUGGCUUAAAUCAAGAGACAAUUUGCUACAUUGGAAAAGGCGUUUCUGGUUUUGCACUAGAUUGGAUACAUCAGGAUAUUUUUUUUGUUCGCUAUAAGGAGGGCAGAAUUGAGGCAAUCAACCUGAAUGGAAACAAUUCCCGAGUUAUUUUAAGAGAUGAUAACCACCCCAAGAGUAUUGUGAUUGAUCCAAACAGAAGGUUUUUAUUUUGGACUUCUGAUGGAGCUGUUGACAGCAUCCAUAGAACAGUUCUGAAUGGAACAGAGGUGUGGAACAUACUAAGGAGCACUGGGAAAAUCAAAGCUAUCUCACUGGAUUUGAUCAAUGAGAGGCUUUACUGGAUCCAGUACGAUAAAGGUGGCUUUUCACAUAUUGGAACUUGUGACUAUGAUGGUGGUUCUGUCCAUUUGCACAAACACACAGUACGAAACCAACUCUCUAAUAUGUUUCUCUUUGCCGACCACAUGUACUAUUCCGACACAACAACUGGUACUAUUUGGAGAGCCAAUAAAUACACAGGAAAAGGCAUUGUUGCCAUUAAACUGCAACCAUCAUUUCCCCCACCUACUGCGCUUCUGGUGGUGCAUCCAUUAAAACAGCUUGCCAUAACGGUGGCUUCUAAAGCAUUUGAAGACAGCCUCUGUAGUGCAAACAGGAAAAGCUGCAGGACAAGCAUCUGCAGGCAAGACCCAAAGACCAGUCAGUGCAAAUGUAGGAGUGGAUUUAAAUUAAGCAAAAACAGGCAAUAUUGUGAAGAUAUCAAUGAAUGUGCAUUAUGGAACCAUGGUUGUACUUUGGGCUGCAUCAAUAUCCCAGGCUCCUAUUAUUGUACAUGUCCAAGAAGUUUUGUUCUACUGUCUGACAAGAAAACUUGCCGUGAACUGAUUUCCUGUGCAAGCAAUAACAUUCACUGCAGCCAUGGCUGUGUUCAGGCGCCUGAAGGGCCAGCUUGCUUUUGUCCUGAAGGAGCCAUUCUCCAAGCAGACGGAAGAACAUGCACAGGUACAAAGCCAUUUUUGUUGUUUGCAAACGGCCGAGAUGUCUCCCGUAUUGGUUUUGAUGGAACAGAUUACUCAAGUUUACUCAACUGGCAGAUGGGAGAAGUCUUAGCUCUGGACUAUGACCCUGUUGAAAAUAAGAUUUAUUUUGCCCACACAGCUUUCAAGUGGAUAGAAAGAACUAAUCUGGAUGGCUCAGAUUGCAAAAAAGUUAUCAGCAAUGCAACAGAGAGACUUGAAGGGCUUGCUGUGGACUGGAUUAACCGUAAAUUGUAUUGGACUGAUAAGGGGAAGUCUCACAUUGAAAAUAGCAAUCUAAAUGGAAAGGAGAGGAAAAUAAUUAUCCAAAAGGAUGUGUCUCAGCCUCGAGGAAUUGCUGUUCAUCCAUUUGCUGAGAAACUAUUUUGGACAGACAUAGGGAACAACCCACGGAUUGAAAGGUCAUCCUUACAAGGCACUGAUCGUCUCAUUAUAGCUGAUUCAGACUUAGUUUGGCCCAGUGGAAUAACUAUUGACUACUUAGCUGACAAGCUAUACUGGUGUGAUGCAAAGAAGUCUGUUAUUGAAACUGCACAUCUGGAUGGUUCUAAACGCCGAAUACUCACACAGAAUGAUGUAGGAUAUCCUUUGGACUUAACAGUGUUUGAAGAUCACAUUUGGUUCUCUGAUUGGGCUGGGCCUUCAUUUCUGAGAGUGGAUAAGAAGACUGGCCAAAAUAGGGUACGCCUUGGAGGCAGCAUGCUGAGACCCACAUCAUUGGUUGUCAUUCAUCCUUCAGCAAAACCAGGCCAUACCUUUAUGUCUAAGGAGGGAGUGCCAAAUAACAAGACAUCAGCACUGGAAACAUUUUACCAACAUCCUCUGAGCAACAAUGUGCGUGGAGAUAGCAGUGGAGACCAUCUGCAUAUCAAACAGAUGCUAAGUGCUGAAAUUGUGGUAUCUGACCAGAAUGACUGUACAGAGUUGGGAUGUGAUGUCAAUGCUGAGUGCAUUAUGAAUGAAGAAGGCGCUACUUGUCAGUGCCAGGCAGGAUUCAUUAUGGAAGGCCAAUUGUGCUAUGAUGUGGAUGAGUGCAUUUUUAACAUGGACCAGUGCAAUCACAGUGUGUCAAGGUGUUUCAAUACUGAAGGCAGCUAUAUUUGCAAGUGCAUGGUGGGAUAUACUGGAGAUGGGCUUCAUUGUUCUGAAUCUGUCAUAUUUUCUACCCCUGCAACCAGUGAUAAGUCCACGCUAUUUGUACAAGAUAAUCCUACUGGCUGCCCACCAUCUUACUGUCUCCAUGAUGGAGUUUGUGUUUAUUUUUUAGAUCUGAAAGCUUAUGCAUGCAAGUGUGUAAAAGGCUACCUGGGAGAGCGCUGUCAAUUCAGUGACUUGGAGUGGUGGGAAGAACAGCAACAUGUGAAACAAAUGAAGAAACAGAACAUUGUGACAGCUGUUUGCCUGGUUCUGGUGCUCCUGAUUCUUCUCCUUGGAGUUGGUGCUGUCUAUUGCUACAGACAGCGGCGGUUUCACAAGAAGGUUCCCUGUGUGGAAGCAAUGAAAGAUACCAGCAGCAGUGCUGACAGUGAGAACACGAAGCCCCCAAGCACCGAGCCUCUGUUAAUUAUUGUAAUGGAACAUGACAGGCCUGCUGAAGUAACAGAUUAUGAGAAGGAAGAUCUUGGUUAUUUCUGCCUUUCAGAACCUUCUUGAAAUUUCGAUACCUGGACCACCAUUGUUUCUCAGCAUCAGCCUCCAGAUACCCCAAAGACCUAGUCCUGUGAACCAGAGAAUGACCUUCAGCGGAAUACUAGCCCUAACCAUUCUUGAAAAGUGAUGCUGGUCUCUCCAACCUCAUGCAGCCAGUUAAUGCAGGCAGCUUAAAGCGCCUUUCAGCUAAGCUAAACAUGGGACACUGAUGGCUCAUUAGGUAACUGAAGUAUGUGAUUUCUGGAAACAACAUUUAAAAGAGCAUUUUAAAAACACCCAGACAAAUCCUCGGCUGCUCAUUCAUAACAUUCAUGCCUGGAAGCACUGGAAGGGUGCUAGGUAUGUUCUUCUCCCUUCACACUGCUCAUAUACUCUUGAUGCCACUUUCAAAACUGGCCAUGCUAACUUCAGCUGGCAGAAAAAUGGAUACCAGAGAGGAGAACUCUGCAUUGGUGGUGGUGAUUCAUUUAGAUUUUCAUUUUGAAUUAAUUUACUGCAGCUCAAUUCUGCAUGAAUACAGUAUGAAAAAGGCGCAACAUAAGUGCAAAACCCCCUAGAGAACACAUAAAGGUAUAGAAAUGAAAAUCAAGUCUGGAAAUAAUUUAAUUUAAAUUGAAUAAUUUCCCAGACUCUGGUAGAGAAUUGGGCUUAGGUCUGAAGCAACACAUCAUCAUAGAGCCUGGAGCCUUUGAAUUUUGCUGUGGCUUUUUUUUUUUUAACCAUAAAUGGGACCCACCUGGCCAUCCGCAUUUUACAUUACGUAGCCGAAAUUGGGAUGGUGGUGAUGUGGACAGCAUAGUAGGGGACCUUCAGGCUCUGCCAUGUUAUGGGGAUUCAUUGCCUCAUGCCAGACUGGUGCAGCUUAAUUUUUGUAUAUAAUGACUGAAUAUCCAAACAAGAGUGAAGUUUGAAUAGACAAGGGUUCUAUAAUAUUAAUGAAAUGCUUCGUAUCUUCAGACAUCAUUCUCGUUUGUUACUUUGGAUGUUCUAGCUUUAUAUACAUCAAUUCCACAUGAAGGUGCCAGAAUGGUUGUGACAGCAGAUUAAUUUGUGGCCAUACAGGGAAUCUGAACAGUAUGGAUUUGGGUCCAAAAUGAAUCUGCAAGGGGUAGUUCCUUGAAUCAGGCCAAAAAAAUGCAGGUGUUGCCAGUGUUUCUAAUAUAAAGAGUACUUUUCUGGAAAGGAAAAUAAUGCCACUCAAUAAGGAAGAAUUGUUUCUUUCAGAGGAGGCGAGAAGAAAGCAGAUGCUUUUUUUUUUUUUUUUUUAAGAAGAAGAAGAAGAAGAUGCUUUCUUCUUCUUUUUUGAAGAAAGCAGAUGCUUAUAUUGGGUGUUCUAACUUUAAAAACUCUAGAAUCCUAGAUCAAGCAUCAAGUGUCACUUUUCAGGGACCCUUAACUAUAGUGAUAUUCUUGUAAUAGUAGUAGUAAUAAUUAAUAAUAGUAAUAAACUAGUGCUAGAGUAUUGUCAGUUGCAAUUCAGCCUGUAUUCACACCAUCAUUUUUUGUUUUUGCUACAAAGUUAGCUUGUGAAAUUAUCUUGUGUAGCAAUUCAACAUGGCUGCUAAUUUCCCAAGAGGCUCAAUAUGCAUCCAUGCCAUUGACCAUCAUCAGUUCAACUCCAGCAAUAAUAUUUGCCACACUUGUCCUUACUAAUCAUCUAUUUUGGGGUGGGGUUUUUUUGCUGAACACUCCAUGAAACAAAACAUGCAGAUCUCCAUCAAACGAGCACUUUAAAAAAAUAAAUAAAUUACCUUGCAGUAAAAUAUAUGGUUGUACAAAAAAAGAAAAGAAAAGAAAAGAAAAAGAAAAUAUAUAGACCAUUUGGAUGCCAUUAUUUGUUCUUCCCCUGAGCAAGGCAGAUGGCCAUUAAAAAGAAAAGAGGAACAAAGCAUUAUACUUUUUAGGAGCUAAAGAUCCAAGCACAUGCUCUGGAGAAAGUAAAUGACUUUUUCUGCUUGUCCCUGGCAUCAGCUGUCAACACAACACAUGAGGUCUACCUGGUUAACAGUGUGGUAGGAAUUAGGAGGUUAAAGGUUGUUAUUUUACCACCUGGGCCAGUCAAAAACAUUCAAGACUGACAUGGGAGGAGCCAUAUAUCUCCUAGCAACUGCUUGACACUUUACUGAGGCCAACACUGGUAAACCUAGUUGUAUCCAUUUACAGUGCAAACUGCUGAGAGAGAGAAAAUGACCCAUAGGGCUCUGUCAAAUGGAAAAAAGACUUAUCCAAUCUCUGCAACAAAAGCUUGUUUCAAAAUUUGGAAGAAAAUCAAUUUUGGAAUUGAUUUUUUAAAAUAGAACUGGUUUGCUUUUAUUGCCAUCAUGGAAUCUAUAAGAUUGAUUGUAUAAAGAUUGAGAGGGUUUAUUUUUAUAAUUAAUGGAUACAUAGUUGCAGAGUAUAACACGUAAUUAAAACUAACAGGAUACUUGUGUUGUAUAGAGACUUGUUUUAAUCUUUUGUGACAGUAAUGUGACAAUUAUUAGAAUGGAAUUAUUUUGUAAUGCUGGUAACAUUGCAUGCCUAGUAAUAAUUUUUACUAAGCAUGCAAAGUUUAGUCAAUUCAUUGGCUAUACAGUAUUGGCUGAGUAUAUUAAAACAUCUAAUUAGCUAAAAAGAUGGUCCUGAUCAGCUAGGCAGCCUGUUGCAAUUAGUUAUUGCAUCUUGCAAUAACUGGGGAUAGCAGGCCUCAUCUUAGAAGAGGUGUGUCUAUUCUAGGAUGCUUUCUCUUGUGACAUACUUGCAUCAUCUAAAAACAAAUUAAGUAUGGUUUUUCUUCAGAAAAUUUUUAUUUGUAUGUAAACUUACACAGAUUUAAUUGGUUAAUCAAGUAAAUUUUUUUUUGGCAAUUGAGUAACUAAGACUUCUUUAAUUGGCAGAUGCCCCUACUUCUUAAUAUUUGAAAUAACGUUGUUUAAAAUAUUCCAUUCAGAUAACACAGAUUACGUUCGAAGGUUGUGUGGGAUUUUCCCCCCCAUUUUGUUAUUUCAUUUGUUUUUGUUAUUAAUUACUUUUGUUUAAUUAUUCACUUGUUAAAAUAGUAUUUGUUUUGUUA